AGUUACGGCGGUGGGCGGGGCUUCUCGUCAUCCAAUAUGGCUGCGCCCUGCACGGAUCAACAGGUCUGAAGGUGUUCACGAUGUCCAGGGAGCAGGUGAGUAUCAGUGAGCUCCUGCUCUCAUUGGACAGUUCAGAGCUGCAAGAAGCGGAGCAAGUCAGAGCAGCGGUCAACCAGCAGUUAAGCACAGACAGAGGAGGUGCUGUCCUCUCCUCCCUGGUAGAGUAUUACUUGGACUCAUCCUCCUCUCAGGCGGUGCUUCUGCUGUCCUCUAUCAGAGAGCCUCAUCACAAGCACCUGCUGGAGAAGCUCAAUGAGUCUCUCAGCAGACCAGGAACCAGACUGGCUGGUCUGACUCUGCUGGGUCACCUGAUCAGGAAACAGCCUCCCUGGGUUCAUCACAUCAGCCGCUCGACGUUGCUGCCCUCCCUGCUGCGCUGCCUCAAGACCGACACUGAUGUCGUGGUCCUGAUCACCGGAGUCCUGGUCCUCAUUACUCUGUUACCCAUGAUCCCUCAGGCCGGGAAACAACACAUCUACGACUUCUUUGAUGUUUUUGGGCGCCUUGCCUCCUGGAGCUACAAAAACCCAGGCCAUGUCCCUGUGGUCCACCUGGUCCAUCUUCAUGCAGGUGUUUACUCUCUGUUUCACCGGCUCUAUGGGAUGUUCCCCUGUAAUUUCAUCUCCUACCUGAGGCUGCACUACAGCAUGAAGGAGAACCUGGACACCUUCCAGGAGGUCGUCAAGCCUAUGUUGGAACAUGUCAGGGUUCACCCAGAGCUGGUUACAGGGACUCAGGACUAUGAACUGGACCCAUCAAGGUGGAGGUGUUAUGAAGUUCAUGAUAUUCUGAUCGAGUGCUCCAGAGUGUCUCUGGAUCCUCUGGAGUCUUCCUGUGAGGAUGACGUUUACACGUCCCUGAGAGAUCCUCCCUCCUUCUCCUCCCCCCUCCCUCCACUUAAUCUCACCCCAGAGACUCUCAGUUGCUCAGGGCGUUCAGGCAUUCUUCCAACUUUAGGUCCAAUGAGUCUCAACAACUCCUUCAUAAAGGUUGAUGAUGUCACAUGGAGCCCAGCCCCACAGUGUGGUUUGUCGACGCCCCCUCCUGAACCUGCUGCUGCAGGCUCCACCACCCCACUGAGCAGGACGCUUUCCCUCUCAGGUGUGAAAUGUGCCUUAUCAGCCACCGUCCCCUUUACUCCACAGACUGAAGAUAAACAAGAUGGGGGUCUGACUCCUGGCAACUUCCAGGUGAAGCAGGCAACAGAGCUAGAGAGGUCCAUUCCAUCCAUUCAACCAAUCAUAGAGAAGGAGGGAAGUGGACACAGUGAUGUCAUCAACAACAACAGUGAAGCUCUUUCCUUUUGUCUGUCUCCAGAGGUCAGAGCAGAGUCGCAUCAGCCUCCCCCUUCCUCCUUCUCCUCGUCCUCCAUCUCCUCUCAGCCCGUCCUCCUCACCUCAACUCCUGGUAGUGAUGAGGCCUCAUCAAGUUCAGCCCCUCCCACUUCUCCCUGCUCUGUAUCCUUAUGUUUCAGCCCUCCUCACCCAUGCAAAGAGAAGGGAGGCUCUGACAUGUUUGGCUCCGCCUACAUGAGCCAAAGCUCCACACUUCCGUAUGAAGCCCUAUUUGAACAGGCUCUCCCGCUAGCUGCCACGCUGUUAAUCGGGAAGAAGACCCAGGAGGUCCUGGAGAAACUAGCAGGAGAGCAGGAGAAAAGAGAGGGAGGAGAUGGGGAGGAAAAGGAGGAGGAGCAGACCUCUGUCUCUCCUUUGGAAGUUUUGGACCAGCUGAUCGUCCACGGACACGAAGCACAUGAACACCUCAGCAGGAGGUUGUCAGCUGUGAAUAAAGCGGUGGAUCGGAGUCAUUUUGGAGGUAAACAGCAGAGCAUGAAAACUAAAGGCCCUGCCCAGGUGGAGGAGCUUCAGUCUCUGAGGAGUCAGUUGUUGCUGGUUCACAGUCAGCUGGAGUACGAACGCUUCAAACGUCAGCAGCACGCCAUGAGAAACCGCCGUCUGCUACGGAGAGUAAUAAACACCACUGCACUGGAGGAGCAAAGCAAUGCCAUGAAGGGCCAACUGAGCGUGCAGGAGGAGGAGAUUCAAUCUCUGAAGUCAAGUCUGGAGGAAGAACAGAGACGAUACUUAUAUCUGCAGCAGGACACACACACACAAACCAACCAGCUGCACACACACAUCCAACAACUGCUGCUGCAGCAACAAGAGGGUCAAAGGGACAACCAGAGAUUGCAGAGUGAGCUUCAGGAGUGUCAGAGCAGGUUGAGAGAUGUGGAAGCUGAGCUUCAGAAAGCCAACAACAAUGCUUACAAUGCAGAACACCAGCUGACCCAGCUGUCACACAAGCUGUGCAGCAGUGAGCAGCUGCAGCAGCAGAUCUUUCUAUUAAACCAGCAGCUCGUCCUGCUGAGGGAAACAAACAGACGUUUGACUGAACAUCUGGAGGGAGGAGAGACACAGAACUGGACUGAGUUGUCUAUGCUGCAGUGCAGUGUGGGUAAGGAGUACCAGCGUCUGAAGGACAGUGAUGUCCAAAACAGGCAGAAGCUGGAAGCAGCAAAUCACAGGAUAAUAGAGCUGGAGAACCAGCUGGCCAAGAAAGACCAGCUGAUCCUGGAUCAGAAGAAACUUCUGGAGGAGACGAAGGCCCAGAGCAGAGCGGAACUGUCGGCCUGCCAGAGUCGAUGUAUGGCUCUAAGGAGAGUCACCCAGACUCUGCAGACUGAGAUGCUUCACCUGUACAGCCAGUUCCACCUGGACACACACAGCCAGCCUCAGGAUGUCUGCAGCAGGCUGAAUGGCGGCAGUGUCGCCUUACCAGCUCCUCAGGGCAGCCACAGGCUCUUCCCCUCAUCUUCAUCUGUGGGAAUAUUAAAUGGUGGUGUAGAGGCCCUCUCCACCUCCCCCCUGCACCUACCAUCCUGCUCCUCUUCUCCCCUCUCUCUUUCCCCUAUAGAGUCCCCUCUCGCUGUAGGCUCCUUUCUGGAGCAGCGUGCACGGCAGCUGUUCAGACCGACCAAUCACAGCCAGGAAGAGGAAGAGCAAGGUAAGGAAGACCAGCAAGAGGAGCAGGAGGAGGAUGAAGAAGAAGCAGAGGAGGUUGCGUAUGGCCAGCCAGAGAGCCCUCCCCUGGGUGGUGAAGCAGAGGAGGCCAACCUCCUUGCAGGUAGUCCUCAGACACAGCCCCUAAGCCAGGUUUCAGCUCACAGCCUCCCUGCCUCUGGACUUCCAGCCCCCCUUGCAGACCUGACACUUGCCGUCCGACAGCGGAGACAUGAACUGAGUAUCAUGGACUAUGAUGAGACAAUGCCAGAGUACUGACAGAGGGAUGGAGAUAUGGAUGAAAAGGGAGGGAUAGAAUGAGGAUGAGUAAGAUGAAGGUGGAGAUUGAGUGAGAAAGAUAAGCUGCUCCAUGCAUUGGCAGGCUACAGCUAAUUGACUAGCUGAUUGACAGUCUACAAUUGCUAUCUGAUUUUUUUCAUCACUUCAUCGGGACCUUCAGUCGCCAUUAUAAAAAAUUAAAAAAAUUAUAAACUGUAUAAAAAAAUACAACAGAAGCUUACUUCCUAUAAUGCUUGUUAUCCAAACACAUGCUUGCUUUAUUUGAGAGAUUGAACAGCAGCUAUAGUCCAGUGGAGCUGGCUUACAUCAAAUAAUGUUUUCCAUCAACUAUAUAAAUACAUAAGUCAUACGUUUAUUAGAGUUUUUUUAGCUCUUUUACUUUAAUCACCACAUUUAAAACUUUGAUCCUAAUGAACUAACAUUGGGUGGAAAGUUAGUUUAACCCGUCUGAAAAGACAGAAAUCUAAUUUGUUUCAGACAAAUAACAACUAACGCGAUAACAGGUUAAUGUUUACAUUACAAAGCAAGUUAUGCUAAACAGCAGUCUCUAAUGCUACGUUCAGUUUCUCACAUUCAGAACGUUUACUGCUUAUGAGUCAAUGUUGGUACACUAUGACGUCAGUUUAACAAAAAAGAAAAUUCAUAUUUACUGUAUUAAUUGUAAGAUUGCAAAAAUACUAGUAUCUCUCAUUUAACCAGAAAAUAAUGUACCGGUAAUCAUGUUAGCUAGUUUGACAAAAGAAUGGGCUAAAAUGUUUAGGUUAAUAUAAGCAGUGCCAAUGAGAACUACUAAAUGGCCUUCAGAUAUUUUUUGUCAAACAUGUUUCAAAGAAAGAAAGAACUCUUUUGAAUUUUUUAGGUCACAUUUGGAUUGAAUUUGAAUGUGAUUCAAAAGAUCAUGUUAAAAUAAAAAAUGACAAAUAAAUGUCCACUAGUAUCUAAAUGCAGCAACAACAACAAAUGUAGUUCAUGUUACAUUUCUUAUUACACCAAUGAGCCUCAGUUAGUACUUUAAAUGUGCCUUUGCUUUGAUAAUCAGAAUCAGCUUGAGAUUGAAUUAAAUUAAAUGUCAGGCUGUUAAAGAGAAUAGAACCUGUUUAAAUUACUGCAUUUUUAGUAACAUGUUUUGAUGACUUAUUAGCUGCUGUCUGCACAGGAAAUGAGGUAUCAACUGACUGAAGGUCCUGAUUUCACAUGAGGUUAAUAGUUGACUUCAAAUCUGGACAGACAACCACUUAUCAAUUAAAAAAACGUAUUUUUCAUUUUUGAUGAAUUAACAAAGAAGCUAACUUCGGCAUUGUUAAUCAUACAAACAUUUCCUUCCCAAAAACUGUCUUACUGUUGCCAAAUUCUUUUCUCCUCUGCAGCUCGCCAUGUAGCUAAACACAUCAAACACAUCACAUGGUGUUACGGCAGCAUCACAACACUAAACAGGGUCUGAGUUUUGCAAUAAAACACCUCAGGAAUGGAAUCAGUUUAUGAGUAGCCCUACUGUUUUGAAUAUUCCUGAGUAAUUAUAUUGUCCACAAGGGGUAGCUGCACGAACUGUGCAACAAAAUCUGACAUAUCAUCUUAUGAAGUAGUAAUGUCCAGGGCACACAGAGAAAAAUGAUCAUUUCCGAGACAAUUUCUGUGAUUUGUUGUGGGGUUCCUCAGGGUUCUACUGCUAAUCUUUUAUAUUUUGAAUUAACAACUAAAAUGCCAAAUUAUUUCAUAUAUCGAAAAUCAGAUUGUUCUAGACUGUCAGCAAUUUCUGGUGCAAUUUCAGCACUAACCCAUCACACACUCACUUUGACAUGAAGCUUAAAAGAAAACAGUUUUGGUGUAUUGUUUUAACAGAUGUGAAAGCUUGAUGACUGAUUCUCCUUCUGAUCUAGAAACCUGAAAAUGUAAACCGGAAUCAGGCAAUCUGUGAUGACACACCAGGGCUUUCACCUGCAUUUAAAAGCCUUAUUAUUUUUAUAAUGAUGUAUAGUCUGCUUGUAAAAAGACCCAAAUGUUCUUUGAUUUUUGGAAAAUAUUGCCUCAGGUUCACAUCUCAGGAUCGAAGAUUCAGAAGACAAAAUGCAAGACAUUUUCAACAAGGGUCUAUUCACAUCUAUGCGUUUACUUUUGUUUAAGUGCACCAUGCAAAAAAUGGCCUUGCUUUUGGUGUGUCUAAAAUCCAAAAUACUAAAAUCAUACCUUAAAGCCAAAAUGACGAUUCAGUCCAGGAUGUAAACUAGAGUUUUUUAGUAACAACACAUAGACCAAAGACCUCCUGGGUUCUGUAGGACUGAAUCAAAGUGAAUGAAUGAAUCUGUCUAUGAUGAUCUAUGGGUGAUUUGUUUUCUUUCUUCCUGUUGAUCAGUAGCUCAACAUGGCAACUUCCCUUAUCAGAGUUGCUCUGUAUUUCAGGAAAUAGCUGGAUCACUGCUUGUUGCCAGUAGCAGUGUAUCACAAGCCUGAAGAGAUGAAUGUUAAACUGUGAACACUAGAAAUAAAAAAAAUUCUCUGGAAACUUGUAA